AUUACUUCAUUAUAUACAAAUUCUUUUUGUUACAGUAUAUAUAAGCCGUUGUUACAGCCGUGUUCUAAUUAUUGUUGCAUCGUAUAUAAUAAGUAAGUAAUAUGGUUUAAAUAUGGGAGAAGUUGAAGAAUCUAGUGACAAAUAUGAUGAACUGCAACAGAGUAUUGAAGAGUUUAUUGAAUCUUCUAGGCAAAUAGGAAUCAUGGUCAGUGACUUUCAGCCAGGUUGUCAAGAUUUUUUAAACUCUAAAAUCAACUCACUAAUUGAGAGUAUGCAGAGUAUUGAAAAGAGCAAAAAAAUGGUGGCUGAUGUUGAAGUUCCUUUAGAUAUUUUUCAAUACAUUGAUCAAGGAAGAAACCCACUUUUAUAUACCAAAGAUUGCUUGAAAAAAACUCUAAUAAAAAACGAAGAAGUAAAUGCAAAAGUAGAAGCGUACAAAAAUUUUCAAACAAUACUUGAAACUGAACUUAAGCAAGAGCUGCCUCAAACUAUGGAAAGACACAGUCAAUUUUUAAAACAAAGGCACAAAUAGUCAGUGAUCAUAUAAAAAUCACAAAUAUGCAUUUUUAAAUUUUUAUUACUUAGAUAUGGUCAUUAAUGAAACAUCUUUUUUGAUGGAUUUACGAAUAGUGUGGUCAGAAAAGGAACAUUUUAAAAAUAUGUUCGCGUACCAAUUUUUUCAUUCUUUUAUUUUAAAUUUAUAGCUGAAUAUAAUUUAAUUGAAUUAAACUUGUAAUUAUUAAAUUUCUAAUUAUUAACUGAUAAAAUAUUGUUUAUUGUAUAGUUUAUAUUAUUUACUGUGGUAAUAAAAUAUUAGCGUUAUAAUAGCCCAGGCAAUUAGCUAUGCAAUAGCCCAUGCAAUAGACUAUUGUAGUUUAACUAGGAUGUUAAA